AAUGCUCCUCUUAACUCACUGACAGCCUCUGGCACUACUCGAAGUGAGAGAGAGCGAGGAGAGAGAGGCAUUUCUGAGCAUAGAGAGGGAACUUGUUCAGCGGUGGACUUUUAUCAUGCUGAACUGACCAGUUCUUCCCUCCGGAAUACUCUACAAAACAACUGCUAGCAGGACGAGACUCGCAACACAGGGAUCACUUCACUGCAAGAAGCAAAAAUGCUCAGCUUUGAGCGGCCCCCUCCAUUAGCAGUGAUGCAUCCUGGGAGAGAACCUCCCUCCGUGGCCAUCCUGCCUCUGAGAAACACCCACCACCAGCAACUGCAUCACAGGAGGAGAACCAAGAGGAUGGAGAGGGGCAAACCGGGACUGCGCUCGAAGAAACUGGCCAUCCUGUCAAGGUCGCUCAUCAUCUGUAGCUCCAGCACCAAUGAGGAUGCGUCCAGCCCAGAAGAGAGGUACUGUGAGCCCUGGGACGCUGCGGACGAGAGGUACCACAGGGACCCGCUCGAAGGGCCAAUGGGAAGUUCGGAAAAGUACAUGACGAGGAGCAUCAGUGUCCAGGCGUCUCAGAGGGGACAAGAGGGCCCCAAAAGGACUAUGAGGAGGUCCUUCUCCAUCAAGGAAAGCAGUUUCUGGAGAAUGUGUGUCGCCACACGCGAGGAGGGUCUACAAGUGCCUGAUAACAAACUUCAGUCCAGUGACAAUGGACGCACUGUUGGUCAAGAUUUACACAGGGACACUUAUAUCUACUUUGGAGACAGGCUUGCUCCAUUUAACGGACAGGUUAUAAACGAUCAGAGCAAACAGGAGCCUGAUCCAGAGAGGAAGCCUGCGCUGAAGACUGUGUGUAGAGCCACCAGCACUGAACAGGGUUUCUCUCCGUGUGAAAGGAGAGCUCUGUUCACUAAUGUCAAUGAAUCAGACCAGCUUGGCUACAGUUUCGGAGAAAAGGAGGCAAUGGGAAACAACAAUAACUUGAAGAUGCCGAUUAUUAAGGUGUCAGAAGAUGACAGCAAGAACUGUGACGAUGAGGAUCAGAGCUGCCAAGAGACGUCCUGCAAAAGAUCUCGCUCUAACUCCACCAGCGUUCACCCGUACUGGAUCGGAGACUUGGAUACCAUCAUUAUGAAGACGCCAGAGCUGUUCCCGUGUCACGCCCACGCCACCGCAGGGUUUUACGGCAACAGGAAGUCUCUCUCUCAACAGCUGGAAUUCCCUCACAGCAUUCCACAGGCUGUGGUUAGACCAUCUCGCUCUCUGAGUUCAGCACACUUGGUCCCCUCCUGCAAUAGCGUACAGGCCUUCAUCAUCUCCAACAUCGUCCUCAUGAAGGGCCAUGGCAAGGGCCUGGGAUUCAGUAUAGUCGGAGGCAGAGACAGCAUGUACGGCCCAAUGGGGAUUUACGUGAAGACCAUCUUCCCUGGAGGUGCAGCAGCCGCUGAUGGAAGACUACAGGAAGGAGACGAGAUACUGGAACUGAAUGGUGAAUCUCUGCACGGCUUGACCCAUGAAGAUGCCUUACACAAGUUUAAACAAGUGAAGAAGGGUUUGUUGACGCUGGUGGUGCGGACGAGUCUGCGGGUGGGCGCUAUGCUGGGCAGCCAUGGACAGGUGUCUCAGUUAUGCCGAUCCAGAUCGCUGAGCUCCAGCACCGGUAUAAGUCGAGUCAGUGCUGAUUUGGGAGACUAUAACUGCCUCAGUAACCCUGCAAAACCCCAGGACAGAGUCAUGAUGGAGAUCACACUGCAGAAGGAGUUUGGCGUAGGCCUGGGUAUUGGCUUGUGCUGUGUUCCUUCAGCUGGCGGCUGCCCGGGAAUCUACAUUCACACGCUGUCACCAGGAUCAGUGGCACACAUGGACGGACGAUUAAGAUGUGGCGAUGAGAUCAUGGAGAUCAAUGACACUGUGGUUUGCAACAUGACACUGAACGAUGUGUACACGGUUCUGAGUCAGUGCAGCCCGGGCCCGGUUCAGAUCAUCAUCAGUCGACACCCUGACCCAAAAGUUUCUGAGCAGCAGCUCAAUGAGGCGAUCGCUCAGGCGGUGGAGCACAGCAGACUGAGAAGAGACAGGAGUCAGUGGAGUAUGGACGGGUGUAACAGCAGUCUGAGGAGAUCAGAACCCUGUUCCCACAGCAGACAGAAGUGUAUCCGCUGUCUGGACAGGAGCACGAGUCAGCUGACCUGUAGACGAGCCCAGAAACCCAUGAUCCGAUCAUGCAGUGAGGGCGCCUACAGCCAGCGCUGUAUACCAGCCAGUGUCACCACUCAAUCCUUCCUACAACCGGAGCACGUCACCAGAGUACAGAGCAUGGACGUCUCUUUAACAACCAACAGUGAAACUUCACUUAAUAACACACUUUCUCCAGCCUCGUUCACGGAUGAAGACUAUAACAUUCCCUAUAAAUGUCCAGUAAAUUUCACUGGACAACAAACAUUAGAUGUGCAUACAGGUGGCGUGAGAAAUUCUGCACCAGGACCAACAAACCAGCCACGGAGGUACUGCAGACGACAGGAAGUCACCAGUCAGGAAGUGCUAACUGAUUCGAGCGGAUCUAGUCGAGGUUCACCAGUAAAAGAGGAAGAUCUGCUGCCGUCUCAAAGCAAUUGCCAGUUUUUCUGCAGUCUGUACAGGGCUUUGAGAAAGAUCUCAAGGCUUCUGUUUAAGAAUGAAGUGGUUGAACACGCAGAAGUCAGAACUAAAGCAUCCGCCUGUAUCUCUGAACCAACACUAAGAGGGGACAGACAGCACAAAGGUCCAGUGUCCCCAUCUCAAGUGUGUAGUCCAAGUAAGCGUGUCGGUCUGAGACGUCAGGCUCGUUUGGAGGUCAGUACGAGAGAUCAACCACUUGACCCCUGGGUAAAGCUGACCGAAAGUCCAGAGAACCAGUCAUUCUGCUCCAAAAACAUGAGUGACCAUAAUGGAGAUGCUGAAGUUAACAGCACAGCCUCUGAAACCACAAACAUCACCUCAGACUCCAAAUGUGAGCAAUCUCCCAGUGUUAAAAAAGGGCCCCCGGUGGCUCCAAAAUCUGCAUGGGUACGUCAAAGCCUGAAGAGCAUUAAGUCUGGGAAACCGAUAACAGGGGCUUUGAAGCACCAGGAUAACAGGAGCCAUGAUACUGGCAGGACCUUUGGGAGUAGUCUAAGGGCUGCUUCAUCAGGAGCCAAUUUGUCAAUCAGGCAGAAGAUCAGCUCAUUUGAGACUUUCUCAAGUACAGAUGGAGCUGAAAGGCCAAACAGGCGAGUGGCCCCAACGACAUCUCUUCCUCCAAUGGAGAAGACAGCUAAAAACUCAUCUGCAGACUACAGCAAUACAGAGAGAACCAAAGUUAACUCAAGCAACUUACACAAUAAUGAUAACUUCCAGUCUACACCAACAAUUUCAGCCAUCACCCAGCCUCCAGAAGAAGAAGAAAAGCAAUCAGCUUCCCUCAGUUCAGAUAUCAUUUCCGAGCCCCAUCCUGCAGAGGAAGAAAAACAAUCAACUUUUAAUGAUUCAGAGCCCUGUAAACCAAUCCCUGUUGAGGAACCUUCCCUGGAUUCAAAAGAGCCUCUACCUGCUGCUGAGGAUGAGCAAGAGCCUCUACCUGCUGCUGAGGAUGAGCAAGAGCCUCUACCUGCUGCUGAGGAUGAGCAAGAGCCUCUACCUGCUGCUGAGAAAGAGCAAGAACCCCUACCUUCUCAAGAGGAUUCGCCCCCUUCAAGCCACGUCCCAAGAAGAUCAAGCAGCUCGAAAGAGGGUCUUUCAGAAAAAACAGAAGGCGCUGGAACUCAUGCGGUGAGCGUGAGGACCCGAAGCCUACCCCUCAGUCCCUCUUCGGAUGCCCCCAACUCAAGUGGCUUGGAAGGGGAGAGCCUGGGGAUCAUCUUGUCCUUCAGCAACCAGGUGUCCAAUGCUCUGAUGCGAUCCAUGCAGUCCCUGCCACAGUCCCCUUGCGUUCGGAUUGGAAACCCUUGGAGUGCCCCACCUGGAUCCCCUCUUAAUGACCCAAUAGAAGAAGACUCCUCUGCCGAAAAGCCCCCACCUUCACCAGCACUGGAAAACAGUGAGAGGGGUUUCUCUGUAAGCUUGGCCGAACUGAGAGAGCGUACAAUCGAGAGAGGGGAGGAGUGCGAGAAGGAAGAAUGGAAACCCGAACGACCGCUCACUUCAGCCUCAGCCGUCUGUGCCCAAUCCAUGCUCUCAGCCCUUCCGCCUCAGGAGAUUCAGCGGAUGAUUCAGGAAGUCAAGGAUCUGGAUGAAGACACACUAAGGCAACUGGAAGGCAUCCAUGUUGUGAUUCUACAUAAAGAAGAAGGAGCUGGCUUGGGUUUCAGCAUUGCUGGCGGUAUUGAUCUGGAGAACAAAGCAACUACAGUUCACAGGGUGUUUCCCAGUGGCCUGGCUGCUCAGGAGGGGACCAUUGAAAGAGGAGAUGAGGUGUUGUCCAUUAACGGUCAAACGCUAAAAAAUGUCACACACAGUGAUGCCACUGCGAUACUCAGGCAAGCCCGCAACAUGAAGCAGGCUGUGGUGGUGGUGUCCAAGAACAAAGACGCAGAAGAGAAGGGAGGCGCUAACGCUAAUGAGUCUAGCAGCAGCGGGGCAGAAAGCAGCGCCACAGGGGACGAUGGAGGCGAAGUUGUAACAAUCGAGCUGGAGAAGAACGCGGGUGGAGUUGGAUUUAGUCUUGAGGGAGGAAAAGGCUCCAUUAAUGGAGACAGACCUCUAACCAUCAACAGAAUAUUUACAGGAAGUGACGCUGAGCAAAAGGGGCUGAAGUCUGGUGAUGAGGUACUGCAGAUACAGGACUCGGCUCUGCAGGGUCUCACACGCUUUGAGGCCUGGACACUCAUCAAAGGUCUUAACGAUGGGCCGUUUACACUCGUCAUCAAGAGAAAAAGAUGCGAGUAGAGAUUAACUUCAUUCAAAGGCACUUAUAAGAAAAAACAGAACACAUACUGGACUUAUUCCAGUGUUCAAUCAACUUGAAAUUAUGCAAAACAUUAUUUCAAGCCUUAAGGAAAUGCCUCCAAUUGCUACAAAUCACAAUUUCUUAAAAGCAGCUUUCCCAUUUGUUUUGACCAAUGAAUUUUCAUGACAUUUCAAUCAGAAAGAGCUAUUUCUAACCAAUUAAGUAUUUUAGAGUUGAGCAAGAAAAAGGCAUAUUCACUAUAAACAUUCACAUGACUUUUUAGGAUUUUUUUUUUACCCUUCCCACUUUCAUGAGUUUUGCAAGCCUGGAAUUUUAAAAUUCCCUGAUAUUUCCAGGUUUUCAAAGACUGUGGGAAACUCGCUGGGAUCAUUCAGUUGCCUUUAUUGCACCAUUCUGCCAUUUAUGCAUUUUACCAGUUGUAUGACUUUAAUAUCUUGUAUGACGUGCAUGAUGUGCAUCACUGCAUGAUGUGGUACGACAUGAUCAGGAAAGCUUGUUUUUCUGAGUCUUAUAGCACAUCGCUGUGCUGGUGUUGUACUGUUUACUGUCACGAUCAGGGAUUCAUAAAAGAAAAAAAAAAAAAAAAAAAAAGAUUCUUGUCAAAUCUGCCUGUUUUGAUGCAACGAUUUGCACAAGCCUGUAAAUAAAUACCUUUAGAUAUUGUAUAUUUCUACACCAUUUCACCAAAGCAGAAUGUAAAGAACGUGUCAUGAAGCGUUUGCGGCACAGUGAAACAAAUAGAGUAACCAUUAAGAUGAAUUUCAAUCAUUUUUUUUUUCAAAAUACUGCCCCUAACAGUACAAAGCUCUAGUUUUUCCAUCAAACACAGAAAUAAUAAAUACAUUAGUUUGAUAUUUUCAAAAAAAAAUUAUCUAUUACCUUCUCCAACAGAUUCCACCUUUGACAGUUAAGAAAUAACUAGUGUGCCGAACACCUCUAGUAUUCUGUUUUUUUAGUUAUUUCUUUUCCUUUAAAAGAAAAGCCUUAAUAUAUUGAAAAUGUGUCAGAACAAAGAUGUUUUAAAUGUAGUUAAGGUUUGUAAUGUCCAAAUAAAGUAUGAUACAAAUGA